CAGAAUCGAUCCCGCAGACUUAAACAGGCUGGACACCACGAACUAAGCAAGGUAUAUCAGGAAACACAUAGCGCAGCGUGACGAUAGAACGCUGGCAAAAAACAACACAAUGUCCACCACUUCUACCUCCGGUCUACAGGAGUGGCAAGUCACCGAGCCAUAUCUGCACCUACAUUGCGCUCUGGGCGAGGGGCCAUUCUACGAAGCGACAACUAAUAGCCUGCGCUUCGUCGACAUCAAAAAGAAGCGCAUACACUGGGUGAACCUAGACGAGGGACCGGCAUCGGUAACAACAGCGCAGCUAGACGUGCCCGUCACAGUUACGUCGGACAUCGAGGGCGUUGACCCCCGCGAGCGUAUCCUCAUCGGUGUCAAAUAUGGCAUCGCGGUCCUGGACCGCAAGACGGGGAAAUACGAAUACGUCUCCCGUUUCCUCGAGGACGACAACGAGAGAUUACGUAGCAACGAUGGCGCCGCCGAUCCUCAUGGCAGAUUCUGGCUGGGCUCUAUGACCGAUAUCGGGCUCGACCUUCAACCUGAAGGGCACGUCAAUUUGUUCACCGGUAACCCUGUCGCGCAGUCCAUGCGGCACCCGGUGACGAUCCCCAACGCGUUUGGGUGGUCGCCAGACAGGAAGACCAUGUACUUCACACAUUCGACGGAACGGACAGUGUUCGCAUGGGACUAUUCACCGGAGGAUGGGAGCCUGUCCAACGAGCGUGUCUUCUACCGCCACGAGGGGCCGGGAGAGCCAGACGGGUUUCGCGUGGACGUGGACGGCAACAUCUGGCAUGCCGUGUACGGCGAGUCGCGUGUGCUCAAGAUAUCGCCCGAGGGCAAGCUGGUCGGGCAAAUCAAGCUCCCGACGCACAACAUCACCUGCACGCAGUUUGUGGGCACCGAAUUGUUUAUUACGACGGCAGGGAUGGAGGCGGGCGAGGGCCCGGAAGAGGCAGUCCAGCUGAGCGGCGCGUUAUUCAAGGUAGACGUGGGAACCAGGGGACUAGAACCAUUUGCAUUCAAGUUGCACGCCUGAGAAGGCGCACAGGCAUCGAGCAGGGCGUGAAUAGGCUAUAGGAAGAUUGAUUACAUGCAUAAUUCACGUGUAUCAUUUCAAGGGACAAGGGCAG